ACAGCAGGAGCAGAAGCUCCGGAGGUGUGGAGGCACAAGACACCCGACUCCUUUUAAACUAGCCGCCAGAAACACAGCACACCGUCUCGUCAUCGCUUAUUCUUAACCUCCUUCGCUGAAAUGGUCAUCAUAUCUAAGGAACUACGACCCAACAGCCUGUUCUUUCAGCUAUCCGGCUGAUUAUUAGUCGCCAUUACGCGGUCAAUGUUAUUAAGCGCGCUUAGACUCGCGUUAGUGCGCGUCCCUGUAGCUCAUUUCUGCAUAACCAAACCGCUAGAAGUGUUUACAGUCAGUCUGUUUACAGAGAAAGCACCGAGGACGCCUUAAAUAAAGCCUUUAAUUUUAAAGCUGACGCGCGGAAGGACACUGACAAGAUGUUUGAAACCAGAGGAAUCCCUUUUAUAUUGCUUGACAUCGCGUGCCUAAUACUUGCUGACCUUCCACUUGCAGCGUUUAACCUGGGUAAAAUCAAACCCUAUCAGCGGGGCUUUUUCUGUAAUGAUGAAAGCAUCAGCUACCCUUUCCACAGCAGCACCGUCACCUCCACUGUGCUCUACACAGUGGGCUUCACACUUCCUAUAUGUAGUAUGAUCAUAGGCGAGUGCCUUUCAGUAUAUCUAAACCGCAUCAAAUCAAAGUCUUUCUGCAACGGUUAUGUGGCCUGUGUCUAUAAGGCCAUUGGCACUUUUGUGUUUGGUGCCGCCAUGAGCCAAUCACUUACUGACAUUGCCAAGUAUUCCAUUGGCCGACUGCGGCCACACUUCCUGGAUGUGUGCAAACCAGAUUGGUCGAAGAUCAACUGCACUGGAGGGGCUUACAUUGAAGACUUCGUCUGCACUGGGGACCAAACCGUGGUCAAUGAGGCAAGACUUUCAUUCUAUUCGGGCCACUCCUCGUUCUCCAUGUACUGCAUGUUGUUCCUGGCACUUUAUCUUCAAGCAAGAAUGCAAGCAGAAUGGGCACGGCUCCUUCGCCCCACACUCCAGUUCUUCCUGAUUGCUGCUUCUGUGUAUACCGGUCUGUCCCGUGUGUCAGACUACAAACACCACUGGAGUGACGUACUCACAGGCCUUAUACAAGGAGCCAUCGUGGCUUUGCUAGUGGUUUUCUUUGUGUCAGACUUCUUCAAGAAGAAAGUGGAACCACAGAAAGAGACAGAGAUCCCGCACACCACCUUACAAGAAACACCCACAAAUGGAAAUCAUUACGACAACCCGAACUAAGCUUUGAGGAACCUCCGCUGAUGGGAUGGGGUUUCAGCUUGCAACCCACUAUGAGGCCAGACCACUAGGGUGGAAACCUGUGAAUGUAACCUUGCUUUCA